AUGGUCGGAAUGAGUCGAUAUGCAGGAGUUUGGGCAUAUAAAAAGGGCUACUAUGGACGAUUCAAAACUUCCACUUUCGGUGUCACCACAGGCGGCACUGCUUUCAACGAUCUCAAUGUCAUCGGCGGCGUGCAGAAUGUUAAUAGGAUUUCGCGGAUUGUUAUCCGUCAUGGUGAAAUUGUUGACGCCAUCACGACGACCUAUCAACGCUCACGUGGACUUUCACCCAUCACCCGGUCUAACGGUGGUACUGGUGGAAAUCUGGCUACCGUCGAUCUCAGCGCUACUGAGUCCGUCAUUACAAUCACUGGCACGUUCCGUUCCGUCUCUGCUCAAUAUGGUCCUUCAAGCGUUCAAAACCUGAACUUCGUCAUUUUGAACAGCUCCACGGGGGCCGUUCGUGUCGCAGGUCCUUUUGCUCCUGCCUCUGGAGGAACUCCAUUCAGGGUCUACGGCACGCUCGUUGCAUUUGCCGGGACCAUCUCCACCCGCGGCACUCGCUUCAUUCAGGCCUUGUCCUUCUUCAUCAUUCCUACCCGAGCCGCUGUUCAGCCUGAUAUUGCUGCUGCUACCACUGACGAUAUCACUGAUGAUGCCGCUGAUGAUAUUACCGCACCUGCCUAGUGAUCUAAAGGCUCUUGAUCCCUCAAUUCGGCUUGUGGUUCAUGUCACUCCCCGAUCUGGUCAAAUGUGGUUGGACGGCGUGAACACGAGUGAUGUGUAACAAUAGCACCGAACGAUAUGUGUCAUUUUUGAAUAGUUUCCGCCUUGAUACGUUGUGGAAUCAAAUUAUGCGUGCAACUG